AACGAGUCAAGUAGCUAGAAAACAAAAGAGAACAUACUCGGUGUCGCGAUUUGGUAUGCUCUUGCAGUGUUACAGGAAUGCCCAAGGAAAAAUAUGACCCGCCAGACCCUAGGCGGAUGUACACAAUUAUGUCGAGUGAGGAGGCAGCCAAUGGGAAGAAGUCAUACUGGGCUGAGCUUGAAAUCAGCGGUCGGGUAAGGAGUCUCAGCACAGCCCUUUGGUCACUCACCCACCUCACUGCCCUGCACCUCAGUGACAACUCGCUGUCACGCAUCCCGCCAGACAUUGCCAAACUACACAACCUGGUGUACCUGGAUCUCUCGUCCAAUAAGAUCAGGAGCCUGCCGGCAGAGCUCGGCAACAUGGUGUCUCUCAGGGAACUGCUUUUAAAUAACAACCAGUUGCGGGUUCUGCCAUUUGAAUUGGGGAAGCUGUUUCAGUUACAAACACUGGGGUUAAAAGGAAACCCACUCGCACAAGAAAUUCUGAGCCUCUACCAGGAACCUGAUGGCACGCGGCGGCUGCUCAGCUACCUGUUGGACAAUCUGGCAGGAUCUAUCAAGCGCAUACCGACAGAGCAACCUCCAGCUCGGUCAUGGAUCUCACUUCAGGAACCAGACAGAACACGGCCCUCAGCUCUGUUCUCAGUGAUGUGCUACAAUGUGCUCUGUGAUAAGUAUGCCACGCGACAGCUAUAUGGUUACUGCCCAUCAUGGGCGUUAAACUGGGAGUACAGGAAAAAGUCCAUCAUGCAGGAGAUCUUGGGCUGCAAUGCAGACAUCAUCAGCUUGCAGGAAGUUGAGACAGAGCAAUACUACAACUUCUUUCUGCCUGAACUGAAGGAGCAGGGUUAUGAGGGAUUUUUCAGUCCAAAGUCGCGGGCCAGGACUAUGUCUGAGUCUGACCGCAAACAUGUGGAUGGAUGUGCAAUUUUCUACAAGACAGGAAAGUUCAGUGUGGUGCAGAAGCACACAGUGGAGUUUAACCAGCUGGCCAUGGCAAACUCUGAGGGCUCAGAGGCUAUGCUGAACAGGGUGAUGACAAAGGACAACAUUGGGGUGGCUGUCCUACUUGAGGUCCGCAAGGAGAUGAUGGAGCUCUCUUCGGGUAAGUCGCUUCAUGGCAUGGAGAAGCAACUGCUACUGGUAGCCAAUGCCCACAUGCACUGGGACCCAGAAUACUCGGACGUCAAGCUGGUUCAGACCAUGAUGUUCCUGUCAGAGGUGAAAAACAUUGUGGACAAGGCCACACGCAGCCUCAAACUGUCCUCUGUCUCUGGUGAGACAAAUGCCAUUCCGCUGGUGUUGUGUGCUGACCUCAACUCCUUGCCCGAUUCUGGUGUGGUGGAGUAUCUGAGUACAGGUGGAGUGGACUGCACCCACAAGGACUUCAAGGAGCUACGCUACAGUGACAGCCUGACCAAUUUCAAUUGCAAUGGCAAGAACAGCACGUCCAACGGCAGGAUCACCCACGGCUUCAAGCUGAAGAGCGCCUACGAGAAUGGCCUGAUGCCUUACACAAACUACACCUUUGACUUCAAGGGUGUCAUCGACUACAUUUUCUACUCCAAGCCUCAUCUGAACGUACUGGGUAUCCUGGGCCCCCUGGAUCCCCACUGGCUCCUAGAGAACAAUGUCAGCGGCUGCCCGCACCCCCACAUCCCCUCCGACCAUUUCUCCCUCUUUGCCCAGCUGGAGCUGCUCCUGCCCAACUUACCCCCCCAGGUCAACGGGCUUCACCUGCCUGCACGCAGGUAGUGAGUCCCCAACACCAACCGGGGGAGCUGAAGCCACAGCUCCUUCCCAACGUUCCUCCCUCCCAGCUACCAGCUCUUCCCUCCCCACACUGGAGGAGGAAGACAAAAACCCAACCUGUAAAAUAAUCGUACAGUGAGGUCUGGCCGACAGGGAUUUCGUAUGAUGUAAUAGAUAUUCUAUAUUUUUCUUUUUUUCUUUCUCCUUUUUUCAUUUAUUUUUUGAACUGCUCGAGUCAAUCCUGUUUGUGUAUAUUAUCUUGUGUUUUGGACUCCCCUUGCUCCUCCAACCCAUAUCCCACCCCCAUCCACACAGCUUGCAUAUUUCUAACUGGAGUGGAUGGUAGCUCACUCAGAUAUGUCACAUCAGACAAGGUUUGGUUUAAGAGAACUAUAUGGGAGUAGAGGGGGACAGUAUUCACCUUUUUAGAAACUCCAAACUUGAUUGUCUGUCUGUCCUGUACAAAACUCAAACCAGCAAAGACGGCAGACUUGUCUAUCUCAGACCUCCAUCAUUGGCUUAUGCUUGCUUCUUCCUCGCUCCCAUGGGUUUCCAGCAUUCUAUGGUAAAGAUGCUGUGCUGAAUCUGGUUGGGUUAAAGCAGAUUUUAGCUGGCAGUUGUAUGUGUCCCUUGAGGUGGGUGCAGCGUAGUUUGAGUAGGUGGCAAGAUUUCCUGCUGUCAUCCUGUGGUGCUGAGGCCUUUUAGGUCAUCACAGCCACUGGUGGUGCUACGUGUUGGUCUACACCUUUGACUCUAGCCCUGGUGCAAUAGCAACCAUACCCACAGAUGCCUCAAGAACUAGGCUGAGAACUACAUAUGCAGGCCAUGGGUAAUAUUGGUUUGCUGAGAAGACAUUUUCUGAGCAACUGAGAACAGCUACCAUCCUAUUUACAGACUGUUUCACCCCAGCUUGUAUAAUCGUAAGCCAGGCUAAUCUUAUGCUUUUGAGCUUAUAUUGAUCAUGUACCGCCGUUUGGCCAAGGGACAGGGGAUUUAGGCUGAUGGGCAAAGCAGUGUGGGAAAUUGGUAAAUAUCUAAGUCCUGGUUGCUUUUAGGCAGCGAAAGUGAGUAAUUGCUGACAUACAGAAGUGAAACCAGCAUUCCUUUCGCUGUCUGGAGUUGUCGUCCAACUCCAUACGCACACACUCACACACACGUUAUUUGCAGGCAGAUCUGUAGCACUGUCUCUGAGGCCAGUAGUG